AUGCGCGUCGUGUGGCUUGCUUGCAUUUGUUUGCACAACAUGAUCAUCGAGGACAACAACACCACGGAGCACCUGCUCACUGCAUCGGAGUGGAACAACGACCUUGUGCGCCGUCGAUCUCAGCAGCCAUUGUCCAUCGACGAAGUAACGCGAAAACAAGAGCGCCGCUUUCACUGCAUCAGCAUCAACGAGACGUUGAGUUGCGCCAAACUGAACGACCAGCUCAACCUUGGCAUCGACAAGACAACUAUUGCACGGUACCUACUCUCGGCGAAAAAGUUUGAGUUCAUCAAGAUGAACAAGGCACCCAAACUCACCGAGGAACACAUGAAAAACCGCGUUAAAUGGGCGAUGAAAAUGGUCGAAUUGGGUAUUUCCAAGUGGGGUGCCGUUGUGUUCUCUGACGAGAACAAAUGGAGCUUGGAUGGACCCAAUGGCCUUAAGUCCUACUGGCAUUGUGUUGGGCUCAACGUGAAGACGGUGUUCAGCCAUCAAAAUGGUGAUGGGUCCAUCAUGGAAUGGGGGGGAAUUUGGGCCGAUGGGACAACUGAACUUGCGUUCCUCGAAGGCCCGCAAACGCUGUGUAUGCCGGGUAGCAAGACCCGGAAGCCCCAACUCACGGCCACGAAAGACAUCGCCAAAUUAUUCGACUAUCCAGAUCUGCCGGAUAAGCUACGCCAAGACCUUUGCGUGUUGACCCGUCACCAACGCGUGGUUAUCAACACGUUGCGCGCCCAGAUCCCCGAAGCGAAAAACUCCGACGCGCGCAACGCUAUCCAAGAGAUCACAAACUGGAAGAAGAGCUGCGAGCCGAGUUUGAACCCGACGGUUCCCAAGCUCCGUCAACCCGCUUGUAUACCCCGUAGCAAGACCCUCAAGUCCCAACUCGCGGCCACGAAAAACAUCGGCCAAUUAUUCGACUGUCCGGAUCUGCCGGUUAAGCUACGCCAAGACCUUCGCGUGUUGACCCGUCACCAACGCGUGGUUAUCAACAAGUUGCGUGCCCAGAUCCCCGAAGCGAAGAAAUCCGACGCGCACUUAUUGAUCCACCGGAACGACCAAACCGAAGAACUGAUUGAAGGAGUCCUCGACCGCAAGAUCCAAGUGUACCACAAGGCCCGCAAGAUCAAGGCUGAAGCAACCUGGUACCAAGAACGCCUUUCGCGCGGUGAUUCUCCAAGCACCCUCAUUGAACUAGAAGAAGAGCUGCAAGCCGAGUUUGAACCCGACGAUUUACAAAAUCGGCUGCGUGAUCAGCUUUACGAACUGAAGCAAGCACACUGUGCGAGCUUGACCGAGUAUGUUGCCAAGUUCCGACGAAUCUGUACGCAAGUGUGCCACAGAAUCAGUGACUGCCGCUCUCCACCCCGGAGCAAUCAAGGAAGAAGCCAAGCCCAGCCCCAGCGCAACAACAUCUCAAGACAUGCCAACCGGCCUCAGCGACCCCAGCGCAAUACACCAAGUCGUCAGCACAAUGCCCAAUUAACCGAAGUCCACAGCGACACAGAAGACAGCGACGAUGACGUUGAAGAAGUGAUCCUAGGCAACAACAUGGACCUAGCCCAGCAAGACUCUGGGGAGGAGGAGUCACUUAACAUCAGUACCACCCAGCAAGCAAGCAAGGUGCCAGCGCGUGAAAACAAGUUGAUGAUAGUUCAUGGCGCACUCGACAGCCCAAGCGUUCGCAUCCUGAUCGACUCUCUUGGUGCCUCGAAAUUACUUUGCCGCCCAGGUUUGGCCAAGACAGUGAUCCGUUCCAAGGAAGUUCGAGCAGAAGGCUUCGAUGGGCACUGCUCUGGCACUAAGAAAGUGAAGGAAGGCUUUGACGUCAUAUUGGGAAAACCCUGUUUCUUUCGUUGUAACCCUGUCAUCGACUGGCGUACCCACCAAAUCCGCAACAUCAACUCAAGUGAAGUCGAGCCUGCACGAAUCGAAGGAUGGAUGAUUAAAGUCACGACGAAAACGGAACCUCCGCAGAAGUUACACCCGCUCGUGGCCAGGGUCGUGGAUGAAUUUCGUGACGUGUUUCCCGACAAGUUACCCAACACGUUACCACCGCCUCGUGGGAUUGAGUUCGAUUUGACAAUGAAGCCUGACGUGAGGCCCCAGCACCGACCCCCGGUCCGUUUGUCCAAGGUAGGUUCUUUGGACACGUUCGGCGACGAUCUGUUGAAAAAGGGCUGGAUCGAGCUCUCGAACAGCGACUGGGUAUCCAACAUCUUCGGUGUUCCCAGUGAUGAUGAUACCCCUACACGAUGGGUGUUGGAUUACCGCCAUGUCAACUCUCAGUCCAUUGUGCCAAAGGUCCCGCUACCCAACAUUGAAGAUGUGUUUGACCGCAUCCACGGAUGCCGAGUCUUUACGAAGAUCGACUUGGCGUCAGGCUACCACCAAAUGCUCGUGAUGUCAUCAGCAAGGAAGUACACCACCUUCAGGACCCAUCGCGAUGUUUAUGAAUGGGUAGUGACCCCAAUGGGUAUGGCAGGCAUGCCAGGCAUUUGGUCUCGCCUUAUGCGUCGAUUGUUUGACAAGUUCGACUUUGUCGUGGUGUACACGGACGACAUUUGUGUGUUCUCGCGGACGAUCGAAGAGCACGCUGAUCAUUUGCGUUCAAUUUGCACUGUUUUUCGCACCGAGAAGCUAUACGCGCGUCCUUCCAAGUGCUCGUUUGGUGUCGACUCUGUCAACGUUUUGGGUCACACCAUUUCGAAAGAUGGCCUCCACGUGGACCAGUACUACCGCAAGUUCAUCCCCGACUUCGCGGAGCAAAACGGAGUGCUAGUGCCUCAACGCCUAACGGUGAACCACUCGGAGCAAGUGUUCUUUAGCACCAUCGAGAUGGACACCAAAACCAAGGAACUUUUGUGA